UUAAAUCGGAACACUGUCCGUCAUGCGCCGCUGCGUCAUCCUUUCCCUCGGUCUUCGUGAGUUUCUCACAACAACAUUUAGACAUGGCUUCUGGCGUUACAAGAAACCGCCCGGUCUCCACCAGAACUGCGUUUGCUGGGAAGCUCUGCUCGGCCCCUGCGCCCGCUGCGAGGCCUCGGUCUGCUCUGGGAGAAAUUGGUAAUGUUGCUUUGAACAAAGGUGUCCAGGCGAAGAAUGCCAAAAAAGAAGUGGUGAAGAAGCCCAAGGCCACUGUGGCUGCCCCCAAAGCUGAGAAGGUUGAACAGCCCGUAAUUGUUCCCGCAGUCCCAGAUGUUCCGGAUGUCCAGGAACAUGCCUCGCCUACUCCGAUGGAAACCUCAGGCUGUGAGCCAGCAGACCUGUGUCAGGCUUUUUCUGACGUUAUGCUUGACACGGCCAUCAGGGACGUGGAUGCUGAUGACUACGAUAAUCCUAUGCUCUGCAGUGAAUAUGUGAAGGAGAUUUAUAAGUACAUGCGGCAGCUGGAGGAAGAGCAGAGCGUUCGGCCAGACUACCUGAAAGGUCAGGAGGUGACUGGGAACAUGCGCGCCAUUCUCAUUGACUGGCUGGUGCAAGUUGGCAUGAAGUUCCGUCUGCUGCAGGAGACCAUGUACAUGACUGUGGGACUCAUCGAUCGCUUCCUCCAGGAACACCCAGUCCCCAAGAAGCAGCUGCAGCUGGUCGGUGUGACAGCCAUGUUCCUCGCAUCUAAAUAUGAAGAGGUUUAUCCACCAGAGAUCAGCGAUUUUGCCUAUGUGACUGAUCGGGCAUACACCACAGCUCAGAUCAGAGAGGCUGAGAGGUCCCUCCUUAGAGUCCUCAAGUUCCAGCUGGGUCGUCCUCUGCCCCUUCAGUUCCUCAGACGGGCUUCAAAGAUCUAUGAGGUCACUGCAGAGCAGCACACCCUGGCCAAAUACCUGCUGGAGCUCACCAUGGUUGACUACGACAUGGUGCACUUCCCACCUUCUAUGGUGGCCAGUGCUGCCCUUGCCCUGACUCUGAAGAUCACGGAUGCAGGGGAGUGGGAUGCCACUCUGACUCACUACAUGGGCUACACAGCAGAGAGCUUGACUCCAAUCAUGGCACACAUUGCUAAGAAUGUUGUGAAGGUGAACAAGGGACUAACUAAGCACAUGGCUGUCAAAGCAAAAUACUCUUCUUCCAAGCAGAUGAGGAUCGCCACCAUCUCACAGCUGACCUCGGCAGUGGUGUCUGACAUGGCAAAGCAGAUCAGCCAAUGAUUAAAUGGUUUUAUCCUGUGCCCUUUUACAAAUUCUAUGAUAAGCACUUUAAACAAAUUUUAGCUUUUAAAUCAUCCUUGUUUUUUUUGUUUCGAGGAUUGAAAUAAGAGCCAGACUAGGGUUGUCGAUUUUUCCGCAAGUUAACUGUACACCUUGUUCAGUCAAGCGCAGUCACCUUUUCCUGUUUAAUUGGUUAAAACUUUUUAUUUAUAGAAAUGCUGCGACAUGGUGAACUUGGUUUGGUGUUGCAUUAAAUCAUUUUGACUUGAA